AUGUGGUGUGGUGUUAAGGUUACUCUGCCGGAGUACGAACACGCAUCUCAAUUAAAAUUCCUAACGCAAAUUGCUUUUAAAGCGGUAAAAAUGCUCUCGCCUUCUACAAUCAUGUUAAACAAACGCAUCGUUGUACUUGGGGCAGGUGUUUCAGGAUUAACUACGGCUACUUUGCUUUUGCAGCAAGAAAAAGGAAUUAAAGUUCACCUAAUUGCGAAAUAUUUUCCAGGAGAUUUAUCUGGAGAAUACACUAGUCUUUGGGCUGGUGCACAUUGGUUGAGUCGUGCUACAAAGGAUGAAAUUAGGCAACAAG